AUGAGCGAUGAUGCGUCCCCACCUACUGCGGACUGGCCACGCCGUCACCCCGACCACGAUGCGACGGACGCGCCUCGAGACGGCCUCGACGCCGCCGACGACGAAGCCGCCAUCCACGCCGACCAGCGCCGGAAGAUACAGUCGAAGCGGAUAGGCUACCUCGACGACCUCCUCCGCAACCUAGACAUCCUCAUCUACGCCGAGAUAUCGGCCGUCUAUUACCUAGACUGCUCGUUCCUGCGAUUCGUCCUUCGUGCCUUCGUACAGCUAAUCUGGCUCACCCCGAAGCCCGAGAUCCUCCCCGAACUACCUUCAAACCGUCCGUACAUAUACCCCAUCAGCGGCUCGAAUCUGAUAUGUCUGUUUUGUCAUCUUUGGUUCCCGCCCCCGGCGGCGGGAGAGGCCACAAGAGGAUACUUGCAUGGCGGUCUGUUGAUCGACUGGAUCGGCCAGCAAGGUCCAGCGUCAAAGUUGCGACUGUUCCUUCUGGACUGCUUCAUCCUCGCCCUGCAAGUAGUGAUGCUAGCUGCCACGCUCAAGCUCCAGAAGGUGAAGAAGAGGAAAGAAUCGGACGCGUCGAACAGCAGCGACCCGGCGUCAGAAAGAGCAGGAGAAGGCCCAAGCUCCCCGACGACGGCACGGCAGGAUGUUGACUCUGAGGAGAGAGGGAUCCUGCGGCGCUCCUCGACACUGUCGAGUCUGGAAGGCCGGACCCCUAACGAGAGGGACGAGCUCUUGGGUGAUGCCGAGAUCCCUGAAUCUAGCUUGCAGGCCACUCUCGAUGCCCUGAAUUCAGGACAGGCAAUGGUUGCAGAGCUGUUCAUCUUCGACACGGUCCGUGAGCAAAUCGAUGUCGCAUUUAACCCAACCAAUACGGAAGCUGCCCGACCCGCAGUGCUAACCAGCCGAGACCGCCGGCGGCAGCUCGCGGCGGUUCUGGCCAGGCGGAGACUCGCUCUGGCGACAAGGUUCGGAGCGGGAUGA